AUGUCAGCGGCAUUAUAAGUGUGUUUAAUGAAAUAGAGUACAGUUUUUUUCUAAAUCUUGUGCUAUUUAAUCGCUACGAAGGUGGAAAUUGGUGUUUCUGUAAGAAAGUUUUUUUUCACCAAAAGAAAUAUUGCAGAAAGUACUAAGAACACAAAUGCACACAGAACGAGAUGGAAGAGCCAAUUCCAAUUAGUAGCGAUGAUGAAGAUGAUGUUCAAUUCGUGCAAGAAGAUAAAUCACCAGCCACUAAAAAAAAUGUAUACUGGGCAAAUAGAACGACACAAGAUCAUAUUAUAGACGCAUGGCAAGAGUGUUCUUUGGUAAAGGAAUUUGGUGUUGUCGACGGCAAUCGUAUGUAUCAUGUAAAAUUCUGUGAUGAUGAACAUCAAAAGCGUGUUGCGGAAUUUGAAUUAGCCAGUUAUAAGGAACCAAUGUAUAUGGAAUUGAUAAGAGGCACUCGCGUGAUUGCACGACGGGACAAGGACGAAAUGCCAUACAUACUUGACAAUUCUGGUGAAAAAAAGCAAUUGUACAAGAAUGAAUGUUUGGCUUUUUAUCCGGGAAUUGUGAGCGGACACCAUGAUUUACAUGGAAGAUAUUUGGUAUUUUUCGACGAUGGUAUUGUGCAGUAUGUUUCAGUAGUUCACAUUAGGCGAGUACUUGGCGAUUAUGGAUACAAACAUGCUCAUUGGAAUGCAAAAGCCUAUUUCGAAUUCAUAUUGGAGCAGGAGGAUGUGGUAGAAUUGGCGCCAGAAAGUGGAAAUAGAGUACUAGUCGAACUAGAUGGUGCGUGGAAAAAGGUUACGGUAAAGGAAGUUAAAUUGGCUCUAACGUUGAUUGCGUUCGAUGCACCGAAACGAUUCGAAUGGAUUUACUUAGGUAGCCCGCGUCUGUCACAAGUGUAUCGUAAUCUCAUCAAGUCAAAGGCAUUUGAUAAGCUCAUAAACUAUAAGACGUACAAAACAUGCCUUCGUGCAACGAAUGACAUUCUUAACUUCGAACUAAUCAACCCAGUAGCGGAACCAAAGAAGUCAAGAGGUGCAAAAAAGAAAUAUCGUUCAUCAUUGAGUUUUGAUGCAACUGGCGUUCAGCCCGUCACACAUGAAUGUGGACCACAGUGCCUUCGCAUUAAUGAACAAACCGAUGUAAAUGGCAUCGAUAUUAAAAUGUAUAGUGCAUUUCAACGGCCCAUUAUGACAGGAUGGAUGCGUGAGAAAAGUUUGUAUAAAACUCCUUGUGGGAUCAUUCUACGAAACUAUCAUGCUAUUCACAGGUAUUUAGUGCGAACCAAUUCCAAAUUAAACAUCGACUGUUUUGAGCUGAACGCAAAUAUCGAACUGCCAAAUAUUCAAAUGGAAACCUUAAAAGACAAUGAUCUUUCAAAGGGCCUCGAACCAAUUCCAGUUGUAGUGCGUGGUGGCCAAAUGUAUAUGGAUUUUAAGUACAUCACCGGAUAUAACUAUGAAUACAUCCCUGAGAUACCAGAAAAUAAUUUGCAACGUAAUGGAUGUGACUGUGAAGAUUUCUGUCGUGAUAAAAGCAAGUGUUCGUGUUGGCAACUGACCAUUCAAUGUUUGAAGCAAAAAGAUCUUCAGAAAGCCGAAUAUAAACGAUAUGUGGAUGUUGGAUAUAAGAACAUGAGACUUUUAAAAGACGUCAAAACGGGCAUUGUGGAAUGUAGCUCAAGUUGUAAAUGUUGCAGCCAAAAAUGUCUAAAUCGCAUUGCUCAACGUGGUAUGCAACACAAACUGGAAGUAUUCAUGACGAAGCAUAAAGGCUGGGGCGUUAAAACAAAAAGUGACUUACCAGAAGGAAUUUUCGUGUGCCAUUAUGCCGGAGAUGUGCUCGAUGAAGAGACAGCCGAUAAGAAAGAUUUUAGAUAUCAAUUUCGUUUGCCACAAAGCAAAGUCAAUGUUAGUAGUAGUGAUGAAGAGAGCGCAAGCUCUGAUAGUACUUUUGAACCAAAUAAGCAAUUACCUAACAAAAUACCACGAAUGAAAGGGGAUGGCGUUCAACUGUCAUUUUUAAAUUACUUUCCACCAAUUGAAAAAAAUGCCGAAUCUUUUCCCGAGUCCGAAUUCAUCGUAAAGAAAAUAAAACGAUUCGUUAUUGAUGCUAUCUCACAUGGAAAUAUCGCACGAUUUCUUAAUCAUUCCUGCUCCCCAAAUUUGUUCUCACAACAGGUUUUCGUCGAUGAUGAUAAACGAUUUCCAAUGAUUGCAUUUUUCACAAGCCGAAUCGUUAAAGCCGACGAAGAACUGACAUUUGACUACGCCUAUCCCCUAUUCGAUUCUCAAAAGACUGAAUGCCAUUGUGGGUCAGAUAAUUGUCGGAAACGUUUAAUAUAGCAUUCCAAUUUUAUGUUAAGUUUUAAAGAAAAAAAAAACAAUUUUACAAGGAUGACACGAAAAUCGAAUGAUUUUCGAGCAAAAUUAUAUAAAAAACGGCAAUUGUAUAUGAAUUGUUAAUUUUAAUGGCCUCGAUAUUUUAACAGAGAAAUCAUCUAUUAUUGAAACUUUCAACUUGAAAGGAAGAAAUGUUUUUUAAUAUAAGAAGCGGAUAAUUUUAAUU